AUGAUGAAGGGGCUAGGGCUAGAUCACAGCUUGUCGGAAAAUUCUCCUUGUAAUGAUUUAUCCAUGAAGCAGCCAAUAUUAGAAAAUACUAGCAAUAACAAAUCAGGGGUAAGACCAUAUGUUAGAUCAAAAAUGCCGAGACUCCGAUGGACUCAUGAUCUUCAUCGCAGCUUUGUGCAUGCUGUUGAGCGUCUUGGUGGAGAAGAUCGAGCAACACCAAAGAUGGUGCUACAGUUGAUGGAUGUGAAGGGCCUCACCAUAUCUCACGUUAAGAGUCACCUUCAGAUGUACAGAAGUAUGAAGCAUGAACAGUUGAUGCAAGAAGUAGCAGAGGCUGCGAAUGGGAGUAAGAGGAAUAGAAUGGAUGGUCCAGGUCAAGUGAAUCAUCCCCAUGGGAACUUUCAUCAUCAUUACUAUAAUGGGCAUCCUAAUUUGAGAAUAACGACUAACUAUUCGGACCAACUCGUCUCCUCUCAUACUUUUUUCCCUCCUCCAUGGAAACAUAUGCCAGAGAAGAUGAUGGGAUUGGAAGGACGAUCCAAUUCAGCUUGCAACAUGUUCAGGGGUUUCUUCAAUGGAUGCACUACUGUUCAAGAUGGGAAUAUGGGAGAUCAAUAUGGUAGCAGUUUGUCAGAUAGGAUUAUUGAUACUGAAGAAGAGGCCGAAGACUCUGGCAGCACUAUGUCCUUACAACCAUCUGCCGGAUUAGAUCAUGUGAAUAAUAAUAAUAAUCUCUCUCUUGACCUUACUCUAGGUUAA